AUGGCGCUCUACGUGUGGGGCCACAACAACUCGCAGCAGCUCGGGCUCGAUGUGACCGACAAGGAAGUCUUCGAGAUGCGCCAAGUGGAGGCUCUGCGCGACGAGGUGAUCGUGGACUUCUCGGCCGGCGAGCGCCACUCGCUGGCCCUCAACGAGUUCGGCCAGGUGUUCGCCUGGGGCCGCGGUCGAGAGGGCCAACUGGGUCUGGGCGACGUGGCCGGAGUGGCCAGCGCCGUCGCCCUGCCGCGACGAGUCGGCGGCGAGCUGGCCGGCCAGCUCGUGACUAAGAUCUCGUGCGGCGAGUCGCACUCGCUGGCCCUUACGGUCUCGGGCGACGUGUUUAUGUGGGGUCUAUUGCCUGUGGCCAAGGUGCUGUAUGGUGAGGACGGCGCGGCCACCGACGCCUCGGACCGGGCCACGGUUGAGCUGGCUGGGCUAUCCAGCGAGGAGCUGCGGCGCGCGCAGCGGGCCCGGUCCAGGGAGGAGCUGCGCCGCCACAUGGACGACAGCAUCAUGGCCCGAUUGGUGCGCGACUCCAUGCAGGUGUACGAGGACGCGGGGGAUGCCAGUGAUAGCGUCAAGGUGCAGACGGUUCGCGCGCCGUGCAUGACUCCGCGGCUGUGCACCGGCCCGCUGUCGAGGCUCGUGGUGACGAACAUCGCCGCGGGCUUUGCUCACUCGCUGGUCACGACGAGCGACGGCGCGGUGUUUAGCUGCGGCUACAACGACAACGGCCAGCUCGGACUCGGAUCGAGACGCAACUCGGCCGAGUUCCAGCGCAUCCGAGCGCUCGAAGGGUACUUUAUUGAGCACAUUGCCUGUGGACAGCAGCACUCGCUUGCAUGCUCUAGGAUCGUGGGCUCGGAGGAGACGACGCUGGAUGAAGACGACCCGAAGUCACGGUCUGGAGUAUGCUUCUCGUGGGGACUCGGUGUGCUCGGGCAGCUGGGCACGGGGAUCAACAUUUCCUGGCUGCCGGAGGAGGUCAAGUUGGCCCGCCCCGCAGUGUCGGUCGCCGCUGGCAGCCACCACAGUGUGGGUGUCACGGAUGACGGCAAGGUGUACACGUGGGGCCACAGCGAGUACGGCCAGCACGGCGCAGGCGAGACGUUCUACGACCUGCAGCAUCACGCGCACUAUUUCUUCCCGAGAGUGCAGCAGGCUCUAGCUAACGAUCCUCGUAUCAAGGCUGUCAGUGCCUGCUGUAGUUCGCAUUCAACGUUCGCCUUGACGCGCGACGGGUCUGUGAUGUCAUGGGGUUGGAACGCCUUCGGUGUGCUCGGAAACGGCAAGUACCAGCACUCAGUGCACCCCCAGCGAGUGUUCGGCUUGAAAGAUAACGUUGCGGUUGCAGUGGGCGCUGGUUCAAACCACUGUGCGGUGGCAGUGCGGCCACGUGGGGCUCAUUAUUCACUGAGCUACGAUCGUGUACUUGCUAACGGUGAUUUCGCCGACCUGGUGUUCGUCGUGGGCGGCCCUACGAAGAUUGAGCGCAUCAAAGCUCACCGGGUUGUCAUAUGCGCGCGCAGCAGCUACAUCCGAGGCCUACUGCGUGUGCUCGAUAAUGUUGCCAAGACCGAUGAUGAAGAGGCUCACACUAGCGGAGGAGACAGCAACAACAGGGAAAAACAAGAAUGCUUCCAGGUGGACGAGUUCCAGGAUGUGGACGCUCAAGUGUUUCGGGCGUUCUUGACGUUCUUGUACACCAACCGCCUCGAUGUUGUUAGCCACAAGCGGAAGGCAUUGGGCCAGUUCGCAAGCCGUGUCUGUUGUGACGCACUCGUCGUCCAGUGUUUGGAUACGUGGCGCAAGGAACGUCUUGCUUCGCUGCCGCCACCCUCCUUCCAGCGCAGGGAUCAGUAUCUUACUGGGACGGAGCCAGCCAGCUCCGAAGCGCAGCAGUUUGGAGGGGACAUGAAGAGCAAAGUGCUCUCCGAGGAAAAUGCGGAUGUGGUGUUCCUGUGGCCCGUGGAGGAUGCAGAGCCCGAGACGUUCGAGCGACUGCCGGCGCACAAGGCGGUGCUAUCGCAAGUCGAGUACUUCCGCACGAUGUUCAUGGGCGGAUUCAGCGAGGGCAAGACGGCACAGGCAGCCAGCAGUUCCGAUAAAGGAGCAGAAGCCUCGACUAGCCGGGCGGUGCACGAGAUUCCUCUUCACUACAUGCACCGGGACGGAGUAUCGCUAGAGGCAUUCAAGGGGCUGUUGCUGUGGAUCUACACGGGCUGCUUCGAGCUACUGAGCGCCAGACUGGAGCCCAGCGACAUGAUGGACUUGUAUGUCGGCGCGAGCUUGCUGGGGCUCACCGUCUUGGCCAGUCGGUGCGAACUGCAGCUCGUGGAGCUGCUGCCGCAGUUGGAUGAGGAUUCGCUACGGGUGUGCGAGGAUUUCGCCGAGAGGUACGACGCGCGCAGACUGCUAACCAUGAGCCAGCAGGUGCUGCGCAAGCAGCUACCGUCCGAGUGCUAGCUGCGUUGUAGAGUACGCCGGCGUUGCCUUCAAUUGGCAAGUAGAAUCUGCGGGCGGCAGUGAGGGCGACAACGUGCUCAAAUGUAUAUUUUGUACUUCUA